CGCGGGUACGGGCGCGUCUUGCGCGUGCGCGUGGCGGCGACGGGUGGGUUUGCCAUGGCGAAGCACACGGUGUCGUCGGCGCGGUUCCGCCGGGUGGAUGUGGACGAGUACGACGAGAACAAGUUCGUGGAUGAGGAGGAGGGAGGCGACGGGCAAGCGGGACCCGACGAGGGCGAGGUGGACUCGUGCCUGCGGCAAGGGAACAUGAUGGCUGCACUACAGGCGGCUCUGAAGAAUCCUCCUAUCAACACAAAGAACCAGGCAGUGAAGGAUCGCGCAGAAAGUAUUGUCCUGAAGGUCCUCAUCUCUUUCAAAGCCAACGAUAUUGAGAAGGCAGUGCAGUCACUGGACAAGAAUGGCGUUGACCUGCUAAUGAAGUACAUCUACAAAGGCUUUGAGAGCCCUUCUGACAACAGCAGUGCUGUGCUGCUGCAGUGGCAUGAGAAGGCCCUGGCUGCUGGAGGAGUAGGGUCCAUCGUCCGCGUUUUGACAGCCAGGAAAACGGUUUAAAUCCAGCAGCAAGUGGUUGUCUGCCAUACACAGUGUGGGAAGUGCUGGUACAAAACCCAAACAACCGAAUGCCAUUGCUGCCCUGGGGGCAGCACCUGUCUCUCAGCUUGCCUUCUCACUGCUUCUUUCAUACCUGACAAAUAAUGCAUAUCAUGUUCUCCUUUCUCGUUAAGUUCUGGAAAAUGAUGAAGGUGCAAUUUUAUUUCUAACAGGAAUAUUUGGUACUCACAAACAUUUCAGUGACACAGUAACAUGUACAAUGUCAUGUUUAGGGUGAUUUGCAUUUGUAUAUAAUUAUGGCAGAUUUGGACCUGACUUUCUGAGGAAGUGCUGAGGAACGUAGGGCAAUGUCUUAAUUCUUUUUGCUAGCCAAGCAGUGGUUUGAGGUAAGAUCUAUAUUUGAGAAGUGGGGCAGCUAUUAAUAUAGGUAACUGGACCAUGUUUCCUUUAGUCAACCUCUGAACCUACAGCCAUGAAUAGGGCAGAAAUCAAAAGCCCCUUUCCAACCCCAGUUAUCAUUCCAGAGAGCUGAGUAUUUUCCUCAACCUCACAAUUCAUGGCCUGUUCAGGUUCCUUGUGAUCAGUCAGAUGCUGGGUCUGCAGCAGGAAAGUCACAACGGGCUGAAGUUGUCCAUCAUGCAGUGCGGUAGAAUUUUGAAGGUUGAUGGUCCAUUUACACUGGAGCCUGGCCCAGUGAAUUCUUUUUAUUUUGGGGAGCAAAGAUCCUGAAGAGAAUUAAAAAGAAGCAGCUUUAACAUAGCAAAUGCUUUCAGCAACUUGAAAGUGAUUCUGUCAAGCACAACAGUGUAGCUGCCUGGGGUAAUCUGAGAAAUGCAUGCUGGUACCCACACCAUCUUUGUAGAGCUCCCAUAUUUUGUUUUCUAGGUGUAUAGGAUCUUAAAGGAGAUGUGACAGUUCACAGUCCUGUUGCAUUGUGCCACAGUGUGUUACCUAGUAAGUAAGUCGGGUUCUCGAAGAGUACUUUAAAAAGAAUUAGGAAAGCCCAGGGCAUCCCAGAUCACUGUUAAAGGUUUAGGCCCAGGGCUGAAAUACUUGUGUUUUACAUUCACCAAUUUACUGCCGUUCAGUUAUGUAAAACUGUUGGGGAACUUGUCAAAUCUUUGCUGGUUUUUUAUAUUUGCUUUUUUUUUGUAAUAAUAAUGAGGACCAGAAAAUAAAUCAUCACUGAAUAUUUA